GGUUAACGUCAUCUGCUCCCUUCUCUUGUACUGCCCAAUUUCGCCCUUCCACAUACAUGUUCUGCCCAUAGCUCUUCUGUCACAUACGACAUUCACUAGUUCACUGACGAGCUGGCAUUGUUGUCUGUCGCGUUUGUGCAGGCAGGUGCAGAUAUAUCCGACCGUUUCGCGUCGUCGCGAAGCGGUUGUCCACCCCACUCAUAGACCGCCUCCGGUCUGGUCAACGACACCACAGACUACACAUCCUCCGACUGUCUUCGUUUGAAGUAGUCACUGCAUCCACGUCUCUCUUCUUUUCUCGAGGCAUGCCAAUAGGUUGCGGGACCAAGCAUGUCCCAGCUACUAACGUCGCGGCAAGCCGAAGAGCUGCACAAGGCAAUGAUCGCAUAUCUUUCGGCUACUGGACUCAACAAGACGGCAGCGACGCUACGAGAAGAGAUAGAGAUUGGAGAUACAUUCGACGAUGUCACGAGUAAAAAGUAUGAGGGCUUGUUGGAGAAGAAAUGGACGAGCGUUGUGAGGCUCCAGAAGAAGAUUAUGGAUCUGGAAUCGCGCAGUGCCACACUACAGAAAGAAUUAGACUCUGCAACACCAACGUCACUCAUGCGCCGAAAUCAAGACCCUUCUGCCUGGUUGCCGCGAUCACCCGCGCAACACACCCUACAAUCGCAUCGUUCGCCAGUCUCCUGUGUCGCUUUUCAUCCCGUAUUCUCGUCUCUUGCGUCCGGGUCUGAGGAUACAACAAUCAAGAUUUGGGAUUGGGAACUUGGAGAAUUGGAACGGACUGUUAAAGGACAUACGAAAGGUGUCCUAGACGUCGACUUUGGAGGCCCAAGAGGAGGUACGCUAUUGGCAUCAUGUUCUUCAGAUCUGACGAUCAAGCUAUGGGAUCCGUCAGACGAAUACAAGAAUAUACGGACUCUUCCUGGCCAUGACCACUCCGUGUCCAGCAUACGUUUUGUCCCCUCUGGAGCAGCAGGUGCACCAUCUUCUGGGAAUCUUCUGGUCUCGGCUUCACGCGAUCACACACUGAGGAUAUGGGAUGUUACAACGGGAUACUGCGUCAAGACGAUUCGAGGUCACUCUGACUGGGUCCGAAGUGUUUGCCCGUCAUUCGAUGGUCGCUGGCUGCUUUCUGCAGGAGUAGAUCAGACAGCAAGACUAUGGGACGCACAAUCGGGAGAGGCCAAAGUCACGUUUCUCGGCCACGAGCACACUAUCGAGUGCGUAGCUCUGGCCCCACCAGCAUCAUAUAAACAUCUAGCAUCUCUUGCUGGCUUAAAGAAAGCACCGGCCAGCUCAUCAUCUGCUGAAUUCCUUGCGACGGGCUCAAGAGACAAAACCGUCAAAAUAUGGGAUGGACGCGGAACGCUAAUUAAAACUUUAGUGGGCCAUGAUAACUGGGUACGAGCACUUGUUUGGCAUCCUGGUGGCAAAUAUCUACUGUCUGCCAGCGACGACAAAACGAUCCGAUGUUGGGAUCUAGACCAAGAAGGGAAGUGUGUUAAGAUAGUCGCAGAUGCCCACGGCCAUUUUAUCAGUUGCAUGCGGUGGGCUCCAAGCCUCUCUAAAGAUAGUGCAGCAACUACUAAUGGCGACACGAAUGGAGCCAAUGGAACUCCAUCAAAGAAAGAAGAUGCUGUGGGUAAAGUACAAAUCCGGUGCGUCAUAGCCACAGGAAGCGUCGACUUAAAUGUUCGAUUAUUUGCAUCAUGAGCACACAGGCGGGUUUCCAUGGAGUUGGUGGUUUAUGUUACCCUGUCGGCCAAUCUCAUGGCAUACCCCAAGGCGUUGUUUUCUGCAAGCACAACAUCGUUAUAGGCUUUUUGCGUCUACAGCAUAGGAGGCUGUCACGAAUAUACGUUCGCCAAAAUAUUACUGAGAUAGUAACAAGAUGGACGGAUGGCCUUUGUACAUAGAUGAGUCGUCCGGAAAAUAUCACGUGAAGCAUUGAAGAAAGCAUUCGUUUGUUUGCAAGAGUAAAUUACCAAUUAUUGGGAAGC